CUUGGGUCUUCAUAUAUAUAUAUAUACUCCGGUUCCCCAGAUCACUCCCUCGACUGUUUUGGCCAUCCUUAUUGGCUUCUUGUUCCUCCCCAUCUCUUGUUCUCUCCUUUCCAAUCAUUCUCAUUCUCCCCUGGCCAUUCUUCUCUUUUCCUCUUACAUGUUCCUUCUCUCUUCACAUACAUAGCUAACACAAUUUUAUUCACAUGAUUUGAACCAGUACUAGCACUUUUUCUUUACUGAUAUUUGGUGCUUUUUUCUGGAAUUUCAUUUUCAGUGUCACGUAUUGAACUGAAACCUUCGUCUUUGCUGUGAUUACUGUUUGACUUGUCCUUGGAAGCUGUUUGCCUGGAAAUUGUUUAUGAUAAUUGACGGGCGUUUAGCUUGUCUGGUGAAUGGACUUGAGAAGAAUGGCGUCUGCAAACAGAUCUCAGCAUUCAAAGUUUCCACAAGGGUAUCUCUACCAUCUGACCUUUAAUCAGCUUCAGACCCAGUUGGGAAAUGUGGGCAAACCUUUAAGUAGUACGUAUUUGGAUGAGUUACUGAAACAUGUGAUAUCUGCUGAAAAGGGCCAGUACUUCAUGCAAAACCCUGCUGCUUCUGCCUCCUCUUCUUCUUCAUCACCCGCUUCCUUGUUUCUUGGGAAUUUCAAUUUCAAUGGGGUUCUGGAUAAGAAAACAGUUGAAGAGGUCUGGGAGGAAAUCCUUCAUCACCAGCAUCUCAGUGGUGCAGAUAAUGGACCAAUCCAGCACCUUUUGACACUGGGCGAAACUACUCUUGAGGAGUUUCUAGUGCGCGCAGGUGUGAUUAGUUUAGGGAAUCAGAAUGGUAGUACUGCAAACGCUCAGCCAUUCAUGGCGAUGGAUCCAAUGGCAGUGGUGCCUCAACAGCCAGCUGAUUGGUUUCAGCUUCCAGUGGAAGCUGCUCAGCAGCAGCAACCAGGAGUGUUGGACUCAAGUUUCCAUGUUUCUGAAUCAGUUUUCGAGGGUCCAGCCAUUGAGAUUGGUUACUCUAAGAACCAAAUGGCUAUGUCAACGGCAGUACCGGCAGUGACAACAUCAUCUCCAAACUCCCCGGUUCCUGUUGAAAGGAAGCGCUGGUUUUCAGAUGAGAUGAUGAAGACCAUUGAGAGGAGGCAGAAGAGGAUGAUCAAGAACCGUGAGUCGGCUGCUAGGUCAAGGGCAAGGAAGCAGGCUUAUACCAAUCACUUGGAGCAUGAAGUCCAUCAGUUGAAGAAAGAGAACGACUUGCUCAUAAGGCUAAAGGAAGUGCAGAUGCGGUGGUCUUUGAAUCCAACACCGGGGCCCAAAUACCAACUGCGGCGUACCAGCUCGUGUCUGUUCUAGCGCUUGCUUCUCAUUUUGCAUAUAUACUUUUGCUCCAUUUUUGAGUUUUUCCUUCCAUGUCUUCAAGUAUGUCUUCUUCUUCAAGGUUGGACAGAACUGUAAAUUUGCCACCCUUAUAUUCUUUUCAGAAAAGUAAAGAAAUAAUAAUAA